AAUAAACAAAGGAGCUCAUCGGUGUUCCAAAUAUUUCCCCAACUUAAUUUAUCUUCGUAGAUUCAGCUCCAAAGGAAGGUGAGUUCUCCGCCACUCGAUAAUUCUGCGAUCCGAGGCGUCAAUCGUGGCUGAUGAGGUCAACACGGAGCCAUGGCUCCUGACGGUCGCGGAUACUUGUUUGCGGUCGGUAUGUUUUGAAGCCGAAUCUGACAGUUUCCGACUUCAAUACUCCCUACCCCGGGCUAGUGAAGGGUCUCUCAGAUUGACUGCCUCGAAUCUUGAAGAUCUCGAAUCUUGAAAACCACCGUCGUGUAUCUCCGUCGGUCAUGCACGCGGAAGUCUGGACCUCCACACUCCUACACAAACGCUGGUUUCUCCAAAAAAACUUUUGGCGCUUCAGAUCAGGUGGUCACAAUGUCGGACAACGAGGAAGGAGUUUACUGCAUAUGUAGAACCACGGACACAUCGCGUUUCAUGAUUGGAUGCGACAACUGCAACGAAUGGUACCACGGAGAUUGCAUUUCGAUCACAGAGCAGUUCGCAAAAUCGAUUUCGAAGUUUUUCUGCCUGAUUUGCCGCACGAACAACCCCUCCUUGAAGACCAUCCACAAGAACGAGAAGAUUACGCAAGCCAGGGGAACGUUUUGUGGAGACUGCAGUGGCUGCUUCAGGACGCAAGACUGCGGCAAAUGUGAAGGCUGUGAAGAGGGACGUCGUUGUCGGAAGCGGAUCUGCAAGGUCGAGCGGAAGAAGAAAGAGGAAAAACGCGAAAAACGGCGACGCGAGGAAGAAGAGGCCGAGAGGCUUCGUCUGGAAGAAGAGGAACGCGAGAGGGAACGGAAGCGUCGGGAGAAAGAACGCAAGAAACGCGAAAAGGAGAAGGAGAAGGAGGAAGAGAUGCAACGGAAGAAAGAUCGCUAUCAGAACGAUGAUGAAUACGUACCGCCCGAACUCAGCCGAGGCGCGAAACGUGCAACCCGCAGGAAACCUGAGCAAGCUGCACCAAAGCGCACGAGACGCCGUGGAGAAGAAGAUGUUUGGAGUACCCAGACCGCAGAACCUCAACAAUGUCACGGACCGAAGUGUGUUCAGUCGUCACGGCCGAAUUCAAAGUACUGUUCUGAUGAAUGCGGCAUGAAGUUGGCCAUGAGCCGCAUAUUCGAGAUCCUGCCGGCUAGGAUCCAAGCUUGGCAAAGAAAACCAUCUGAAGCGGAUAUAGCGAAUCAGAAGGCUCUCCAAAAAAUCAGGUUACAGAUCCGAGAAGCGGAACUCGAGGAGAUCGGAUGUCGACGGAAGAAACACGAACUCGAGGAGCUCAUUAAGAAAGGGAAGUCCCAAACCAUCACCGAAGAGGAUGUUGAAGAUGGGGAAGACCCAGAGAUGAAUUAUUGCGUCACAUGCGGCCACGAGUUUUCAUCGAAGACCCUCAACCGCCACAUGGAGCGCUGUUUCAAUCGCUUCGAGAGUCAGACAUCCUACGGGAGCGCAUUCCCAACGAAGAACGAUCUCGUUGACUUGUUCUGCGAGUUCUACAAUGCAUCUCAACAGACCUACUGCAAACGUUUGAAAAUUCUCUGUCCGGAACAUUAUAAGGAGCCCAAAGUUCUCGACAGCGAGGUCUGCGGCUUCCCGUUGCAGAAAAUUCUCUUCGAUGAUGAGCACGUCGAUUUCUGCCGACUGGCCAAGAAAAAAUGCAUCAAACACAUCUCAUGGGAGCGCUUGAAGCGGGCUCAAAUAGACAAUGACAUCAUCCGGGCGAGAUUGAAACGCGAGGAGCUCACCGAUCAAGAGAGGAUAGUGCACAUGCAAAUGACGAGUCGCGGCGGUGUCCUCGGUCUGAUGCUACACAAUACGAUCGAUAACGAGGAUGAGGAUCUCAAUCAGGAGAAGCCACAACGGAGAAUAUGCCCAAAACGAGACGAAGAUAUCAGGCCGACGGCGUACCAUGGUGAUCAUGACUACGGUUUCCGGCAGUGAUUGGUGUGAAUAUCUCAGAGAUGUACAGAGACCUUGUAUUAUGCGGAAUGACGAUCGUCGUUCCGUCCGAAGCACUGUAAAUUUUGAAAAUCCAACGAGCAUAUCCGGAACACGAAGUCUGUAG